AUGGCGACCGAGUCAACGCAAGGUGACAGCCACGACAAAGCGUGGGCAAAAGCGGAGAAGAAGUUCACUCAUAAACAUGCUAGUGAAUACUACGACCCAUGUCAAGAUUUUGCGGAUCGCAGUCUGCAGUGUAUGAGGCGGAAUGCCUCUGACCGCGAAAUGUGCCAUGAUUACUUCCAAGCCUAUCGUGAUUGCAAAAAGAACUGGCUCACCCAGAAAAAAGUCUCCUUGACCCCACAGUCUAAGUGA